UAAGCUUCGUGGAGAAAACUCGACUUUACAUAACUCUUAAAGUUGAUGAGUAGAACGACUUCGUCAAUAUCGCAUAAAUCGGAUUUGUUUUGCUCUCUAAAAGUUAUACUUACAACCAACAUGAAACUUCUACUAAGUGUUUUACUGGUAGUAUAUUUGUCCAGUUUUUACGAAGGAGUGCAAGCGAAGCCACAAGGUUGUGCUGGCAUCAGAUGGAGACCGUGCGCUAAUAACUUGAUUGAAAAACUGAAUCAAAAAAGAAACAUGAUGAAAUAUGAUAAGAUUUCCGACGAGGUACCACAUGACUUUCUUGAAGAAGAGUUAACUGAACACGAAGAUGAAGAAGAAGAAGAUGAAAGAAGUAUAUUCGAAAAUUUAAUUGCUGGUAUAAUUAACAGAUUAUCUCGGAAAUAAAUUCUAAUUGUUGUAUUUUAAUUUUGGUAUAUUUUUAAAGUAGUUAUGGAAUAAAAUAAGUUUUGAAUAAGAUAAUGCAAUAUAAAUGAAUUUUUAAACAUA